AUGUCUUUCGUUGCGAGAAGGGCUGUAUUUGGUGCCACGCGUGCCUACAGCCAGCAGACCUCCGUACUUCAGAAGGGUGCGAAGAGAGAUCCUGAGCUCUAUGUGCUCCUUGCCGUCAUGUCAGGAGCUUUCGGCCUUGCGGGGUUUUAUUUCGGCCGCAAGCCUACCUCUGCCUCCUCUGAGCAGCCAGUUUCCAUUGCAAAGAACACAAUGCCAUGGCAGACCGAGUCGACUGGCGCCGAGGACUUUAAGUAUCAGUACCACCCAGGCGGCGAUCCAAGCAAGGCGCCAAAGGAUGCGCCGAGCGCACUCAACACCGUCGUCAUUCCUAAUGUCAACUUGCCAAAGGAGCUGCAUGAGAAAUACAAUAAGUGGGGCAAAGAGGGUUAUUAG